AUGACUUAUGAGUUUCAGCUCAAAACCGAACAGACUGAGAUAUCGAAAGCGAAAAUCAAGGAAAUGAUGCAUGAAGCACGUCUUAUGCGUGAGUUAAGACAUCCGAAUGUGGUUCGAAUCUACGGCGUUGCACUUUUGGAGCUUCCUCUUUACAUAAUUCUAGAAUAUGUUCCUGGUGGUGCACUAGAUGCUUACUUACGGAAGAACAAGCAGAUCAGCCGAGAUGAACGCCUUCUGAUGGCGAUGGGUGCAGCAUUGGGAAUGGAAUAUCUGCAUAAGUGCUGUAUAGUACACAGGGAUAUCGCCGCUCGGAAUUGUCUCUACGACAACGACAAAAUUGUGAGCACCAACUUUCGGCAUGCGAACUUAUUAUAUUAUUUC